UGUGCUGCCGGAGAGCGUGCGCCGUCGGCUGCGCGCCUUUUCGCCGGAGCUGGGCGCGCUCGACACGUCCGAGUGCCUGCAGAAGGAGCUGUGCGACGCGCUGCGCCAGGUGGAGGCGUCGCCGUUCCGCGACAGCUUCCUGCUCUACUACGCCAUGCUCUCCCCGGACGUGGCGGAGAACCCGUGGAUGCAGCAGGCGCUCACCGCAGCCAGGAAACGGAGCUGCCGGCUCUUCUACUGCGAGCCGACCGACUCCGCCAGCCCAUCCCACGCCGACCUGGAGAGCCCGCUCCAGCCACACACGAACAGCUCGCGAUACCUGGGCGCCAGCAGGGAACACCGGCUGCCCGCCGCGCGGGACGAAGACAACUCGCUUCAGCUCGACGCGAAGCGCUCACUCCCCACCGGCACGAACAGCUCACCGCCUGCCGAAGCGGCAUCCAACCCUCCUCUCGGAACAUAGGACGCGAUUUGCCCUAGUGGUUAUAAACGCUCUGAGCAAGGGUCAAACAUGAGGGCAAGGACCUCCAAGGGGUCGCUGGCCGAUGGCCAGCCGCAGAGUCUGGCUGGUGUGCGUCUGAAUGAGCUGCGCUCAGAUUCCCUCUGCAUGCCAUGUCAUGCCUCUGCAUGCCAUGCCGAUAUGUGCUGUUGGUUAAGGCGACAACGCUGACGUCGGGUCUGAGAACCGCGUCGGCUGCGAGCUUGUGCUGGACACCUCAGCUCCACAUAAGGCUGCAGUGGCUUCGAGGUGUCUCCAGGGAGCCCCGAACAUGAAUGGUGGUUGUAUUUGUGAUGCAUGUUUUGUGAACUUGACCGUAGCUCCACCAGCGUUUGGAGUGCUCUUUUUGAAACUCCAUGCGUUUUUCAUAGGCACGCCAUGUUGUUUGGUCAUGUAGGCUACGUUUAGAAUUGUGGAAAGGUCAGGUUAUGUUUAUUGUUAUAUUCAGUUUCAGGUUGUUUUUGCGCUCAUCUUAUGUUUGUAGUCUGUUUCUGACCAACAUGAUGCCUCUUGUGCAGAGCUUGAAGCGAGCUAAAUUAUUGUGACGUAUCGCUGAUCGAUAGACUGAUUCACUACGUUUCAUCAGAGCAGUCAGCUUUAAAAGACAGGUUUCGGCAGGGAGACCACUCGGUGAACGUGACGCACUUCUACUGUUUUCUACCAAUAUCUCUCGGUACAAAGAAGCAUACUUUGCAUUGUGCGAACGUGCGUUACAGUACAAAUUAGAAUGCAUGGUUCGUGAAUUCUCUAGCCUUUUGAAACGUACGGAUGUGCUGUAUAACAUGUAAGUUGAGCUUUUGGAAAUAUCACCGAUAUUCUAUC